AUGUAUUUAUCGGAGUCUAAGCAGAAACGCGUGACAAACAACCAAAUUGUUGUCACUGUUGUUGGUGUCGGUGCUGUCGGGGGCCUCAAAUGGACAAAACCAUAUAUCAAACUCAGAGCCCGUAAUAACGAAAAGCCAAUUCAAGCAAUAGCUCUGAUUAUUGGAUGUAAAGACAAGUACUGUAUCUCUGUUUAUAUACGACUUCCACACAAACCCUGGUCUCUACCGACAGCUAACUGUGCAAUGAAGGCAUUGGAUGGCUAUGGCUAUGGCUAUGGCUAUGGCUAUAUCUAUGGUAGGCUAUGGAUGCACGCUUCUCAUCAAUUGUAUGCACACGGAUAUACGUUUGGCCCCUACAUUCAAAAGCUAUUUAUUACACCCUAUACUAAGGCUGUCCACAGAAACACAACUCCGAAAUGA